GUUUAAUUUGCCACAACAUUUAGCGUUCAUGAGCCUCUCAGAUCGUCUGGCCUGCUAAAUUAAGUUUGCAUUGCUUGGAUGCAGAUUUCACGCCUAACCCGUUGUUUAUCAUUUUGGAAAAGCCUGAAUCAUGCGCAAACGGAAAACGAGCCAUCAACCCAAUUUCAAGGCUGCACGAGUGGUAGUUCUCGGACAGGACGGUGUAGGAAAGUCAGCCCUCAUUGUCCGUUUUCUUACAAGAAGGUUUAUUACAGAAUAUGACCAAACGUUAGAAUCAACAUGGAGACACCACAUGGAAGUGGAUAAUGACUUCAUCUAUGUUGAUUUAAUGGAUACGGCUGGAGAGAAUUCAGAAGUAAAGUUGAACAAUUGCCUCACUCGUGGAGACAUAUUCCUCGUACUAUACUCCAUCACCGAUCGCUCGAGUUUCCACGAAGCUGCUCGUAUUGGAAGACACAUCCGGAGACGAAAAACAAACGGAAAUUCGGUGAUGAUAAUUCUUAUUGGUACAAAAAGAGAUUUAGAACAUUUUCGAGAGGUGGAUGAAACAGAAGGCAGCGAUUUGUCUCAAGAACUUGAAUGUCCGUUUUACGAAAUUUCCGUUGCUUCAAGCGACGGAUACAAAGAGGUGUCGGAGAUGCUCUCAGGAUCGGUCAGACAGUACCUACGGCAUGAAAAAAUCGGCUCUAAUGAUAAACGGAACCAGCCUUCUUCGUUGUCGAAGAUGAAAGAAGGACUGAUAAAGAAAACGGGAUCUUUUCGUAGGAAAUCUGUGACGUUUUGAGUUGUAAAGGUGGUGCAUUUUAGCUUUACGAGGCGGAUUGAUGCAAAAGUUUUGAGGACCACAACAACAAGAAACUGUUUUGGUUCUCCGUCUAUUGUGGUCGGACAGAAGAUCUGCCUGAGCGAGCCUUAACGCCGGAAAAUCAUCUCCAACGAAGAUGCCCCCUUUAGCUUCACUGUGAAGUGACUUUAUCUUCCUCGCGUUCAUUAAGCCUCAUUCUGAGACAUCAGGAAUAGUCAUUUUCUACACCAUGUUUGUGAGACAUAGAGUAAAUACUCAGGAAUGACGCUCGACGAAUCACGCUAUGAUUACGACAAGCGUGCAUUCGUGAUACUUAUCGACGGAUACCUUUGGCGUAAUAUCAGGACACGUGCGCACGCGAUAAAAAGUGCUAAAUAAACUAUUGAGUAGGAAAAGUUAUUGUAUAAAGUUGAUCGCUCAAGACUUUAAAACGACUUUAAAACUAGCAAACACGAAGGUGACGUUCCACAGA